CUAAAAUCUAAAGCCCUAAACCCAACAGCUAACAGUUGAGUCCCUUCUUCCCCUGUUUCCCGGGCUUCCAGAAGGUCAGAAUAGCACCUCUUCCGAAUCCUCCGUUCGUCGCCACCUCCGACCACCUGCUCCGGAAGAGCCACACCUGUCGCUCCUUGAAUCCUAUUCGAGACCUUCGUUCUAUUUUCUCUUGUAAUCCCCAAUUUCCAGAAUUGUAAAUUUGAAUGAAUUAAUGGCUGGCUUCAUUAGAACGCUUCAAAGAGCGCAUAUUUGGAAAUGGAACUGUCAUUCAUCUUCUUCUUCGUCGCUUGUUAAAACAACUCUGACGAAUUGUCGCUCUGUUACGUUGGAUUCUGGAAGAAGAAAUUAUGCAGCCGAGGCAAUUACCAAAUCUCCCAAAUCGCUCUUUGAAUCCAACAUCUUGCGAAUACUUGGAAACGAAAUGGAGUAUCUGGUCGAGUAUACUCCUCCAAAACAGCCUACGAGAUUCAAUUCUUUUGCAGUUGAAGAGCGAUCGGGUGAGCAGGUGGUAGUGAUGAGGGGUAGGUUUGAUGAUCGGGAAGAUAUCAAAGUUGAAGCUACCAUGUUUGAUGGGUGUGAACAUGUUCCUGUGGAGGACAGUUCUGCAAUGAAUGUGCGUCUUCACCUUAGUUUACUUGUGGAUAUAUCAAAGGGGGACAGUGGCAAUGAGUUGGAGUUUAUCUGUUCAGCAUGGCCAGAUUGUUUAAAUGUGGAGAGAGUUUACAUAUUAAGGCAUAAACAGAUGUCAGCUAGGCCUUACCUGGGACCUGAUUUUAGGAGCCUAAAUCCUAAGGUUCAGGAAAAGUUUUGCGAGUACUUAGAUGCAAGAGGAAUAAAUCAUGAGCUCUCUAAAUUCUUGCAUUAUUAUAUGUUGAACAAGGAUAAAAUUGAACUUUUGCGAUGGAUGGAUAGACUCAAGUCUUUUGUGGAAAAGUAGACCGAUUGUGGAGCCAAGAAACUUGUAAAACAUCAAGCAUGAAUUAAACCAUGUGGGAAAGGACUGCAUAUCCAGUUGCCUACAACUAAUGGUAAUGCACUUAUUUUUUGGUUGGAUGCAUUAUGAAUUUGAUGCCCCAAAAGUUCCCCUUGGACACACUUCGCUGUGCCAUCUCAGCAACCACUACUCCUUACUCCUUACAUCUAAAUAUUCGGGAGGCACUAAUGUGCCUGUUCUUUCUGUGGAAUUAGAAAUGAAUCAACAUAGGAUGCACCACUUUACUUGGUGCUGUUGUCUUAAUGCGUAUUUAGGUGCUGGGCUCUGUUUGUCAUUGGUCCUUAUGGUGUUAUAAUGGAGUCAAUUCAUCGAAUUUUCAAUAAAAGCAAAUAGUCCUAAUCUUGUAUGUUAAA